AUGGUUGAGACUCGAGGAGGAAGGGCGCGCGAUGGGUGUCUUCUUUCGGCUGCUUUUCCCGAGCACCUGGUGGACUGGCCUGUUCCACCAAACCCGGCUAGAAGUUCCUUCGAAGCUUCGGAAUACGGGGGUGGUCGAGGGGUGGUCGUGGGGACGGCCAGGCUCUCGUGCUGCUGCUUCGAGGCCUGUAGCUGCGUCGAUGUGCGCCGAAGCGUGGUGCGGGCAGCCUAUUUCAAGCCUAAAGCAAAACCAGCCACAGCACCCGCACCACCAACACCUGCCCCAAUCAGACCAGUGACGCUCGACGCUGGUGCUGGUCCCCACGAACAUUCACACCCACUCUGCUCUGCUCUGCUCCCGCCCAUCUCGCACCCUGCUUUCUCCAUCACCACAACCCUCCGCCCUUCUCUCUUUCCACACGACAAACUGCUUGUUCCUCCAUUGCCAUUCCUCAGACCAAUCCACCGCUCCCUAGCCACACUUGACCUCAGUGGAGCGACAAGCCCAGGCGUCAACUCUCCCCUGCGGGGCAAGAAAGAUGCGGAACCCGAGCCAGAAAUCACGCCGCUGGUGAAGAUGCUUCAGAAUGCUGGGCCUUUACGAGAAGACGGUAGUGAUAAAUUCUUUGGAAUGGAAAAUUUUGGAAACACAUGCUACUGCAACUCAAUUGUUCAAGCGCUGUAUUAUUCCACGCCUUUUCGAGAAAACGUCGUCAAAUAUCCUCCCCACUCCCCCCACGAUACACCGAACGGGAAUCGAACACCGAUCGUCACACCAAUAAGGGCACCUAUGCAGAAUGGCGCCGUCGCUCCUGGGAAAGCAAAGGGCAUAUCUGCGGCCGAAGCCAUGAAGCGGAGGGCAGCGAUCAAUUCUGGGCAGCCAGCACCUCCAGCUACGGGUCAGCGACCGGAAGAUAAGCCAGAUUCGCCAGAAUAUAAGAAGAAGCAUGCUAUGCUUGCCGGACCUAUUUUGGACUUGACAUACGAAAAUGCUGCGUCCUAUGGCAUGGAGGAAUCGACGUUUACGGCACUAAAAGACAUUUUCAUGGCUAUGAUCGCAAAUUCAUCACGGACCGGAGUUUUGAGUCCUCAAAGGUUUCUGGAAAUCUUUAAACGGGACAAUGAAAUGUUCCGAACGUCUAUGCAUCAAGAUGCCCAUGAAUUUUAUGGGCUCGUACUCAACGCCGUAAUCUCAAACGUCGAAGCCAAUGCACAAAGGAUGAAGGAACUUGAUUCAGCGCAGAAUGAUCCCAAUUCAGCAUACAAAUCCGCACUGACUUCCAGUGCGAUGGCCAUGGGCCUCAUUUCUGGCACGGGCACGAGAUCUCCGGGCACUGGAUGGGUUCACGACAUAUUCGAGGGCACUUUGACGUCGGAAACAAAAUGUCUAACUUGUGAGACAGCGUCUCAGCGAGACGAGACCUUUUUGGAUCUUUCUAUCGAUCUUGAAGAACAUUCAUCAGUGACCUCAUGUUUGAGAAAGUUUUCCGCGGAAGAAAUGCUUUGCGAGAGGAACAAGUUUCACUGUGAUAAUUGCGGUGGACUUCAAGAGGCUGAAAAGCGAAUGAAGAUCAAGAAACUGCCUAAGAUUUUGACCUUACAUUUGAAGAGAUUCAAAUACACCGAGGAUAUGACCCGCUUACAAAAGCUCUUCCAUCGAGUUGUGUACCCAUAUCACUUGCGCAUGUUCAAUACUACUGACGAUGCGGAGGAUCCUGAUCGACUUUAUGAGCUAUAUGCGAUUGUCGUUCACAUCGGUAGCAAUGCAUAUCACGGUCACUACGUGUCUGUUAUCAAAACUCAAGAUCGUGGCUGGCUCUUAUUCGAUGAUGAGAUGGUGGAACCAGUUGACAAGCACUAUGUGAAGAACUUCUUUGGAGACAAACCUGGCCAGGCAUGUGCCUAUGUCUUAUUCUAUCAGGAAACAACUGUUGAAGCUAUGCGCAAGGAACAAGAAGCGGAAGGACUUGCGGAAGUGACCCUUGCAACACAAGAAGCCGACGUCGCUCUUGGAAAAACACAAACAAAUGGGUUAACGAAACAUCAAUCGAUUCCUUCCCAGCCCGUGGAUACGAUACACGAACACGCCUCGUUGGACCAUGCGGUUUCUAGCCCCCUUCCAACCUCGCCCGGCGUGGCACCCCCACCAGCAGCACCUUUAACGCCGGCUGCACCUCACGUGCCCAUACUAGAACCGGCCAAACCGAAGAGUAAAGCGGACAAAGAGCGUGAGAAGAAGGAGUUGAAAGAAGCUGAGAAAGCGAGAAAACAGGCAGAGAAGGACAAGAUCAAGGCCGAUGAGCAGAGGAGAAAGGACUUGGCCAAUACGAGAAAGGAGCGAACGAAAGCUGAGGAAGAAGAAAUCAAACGAGCUUUGGCCGCCAGCAAACAAACGGCAGAAGAUGAAGAGAAGCGGAAGCUUGCUGAAGGCGGUAGUGCUAACGGUGCGGCAAAAGAGAACGGUCAUGCGCAGAAAGCCAUAGGAUCACUUAGUAGAGCCCAUACGGUAUCGAAAAGUAUGAGUCGAAAAAGUUUUGGAUUUCUUGGCGGCGGGAAGAAAUCGGAAGCAAAAGAAGAAUCCACAGCGGUUGAAGGAGACUCGGGACCACAAACUCCGGAAAAGCACUCGAAAGCCACCAAGGACCGGUUCAGUUUCAGCCUGGGACGAAAGAAGAGUAACCUAUUCCCUUCUUAA